GCCUAUUUCGUGACAAAUAGUGUAGAGUUAAGAGGAAUAGGGAGUUUUUUCUUGGUGGCCUCGUGAUCUGUGAAGUCUCUACGUGAUAUUCAAGACUUUUGUUGCUAUCGGGAUUUGGGUUUUUCUUUUUCUAAAAGCUCGUUGUUAGAUCUCUAAAAACAUUCAUCCUUUCACAUUUAGAGGGAAAACUAGAGGUGGGAUUUGAUUUUUGGGUGAAAUGUUGCUGUUCUUCUUGUUCUUCAGGGAUUCUGGCUGCUCUGCUUUCUGUGGAGCACUGCAGUUCUGUUUCUACUUGGCAACUUAUCACAAGGAUACUUGAGCUGGUGGCAUUAUAAACUAUCUAUAUCAAAUGGACAAAAAAUUGUGACCCAAAUGGAUCCUCAGGCUUUUAUUAGGUUGUCAAUUGGAUCUUUGGGAUUGAGAAUCCCAGGAGCUGCUCUAAACUCUACAAAACCUGGCGUCAAUGCUUUCUCUGCACCGUGUUCGUGUGAAAUUCGUCUUCGGGGUUUCCCUGUGCAGACGUCUUCAAUCCCGCUUCUCCCGUCUCCUGAAGCCAUACCUGAUUCUCAUAGCAUUGCCUCAAGCUUCUAUCUUGAGGAGUCUGAUCUGAAAGCAUUACUAGCACCUGGCUGCUUCUAUAACACUCAUGCCUGUCUUGAAAUAUCUGUCUUCUCUGGAAGGAAGGGAUCUCAUUGUGGUGUUGGCAUCAAGAGGCAGCUGAUUGGGACGUUUAAACUGGAUGUCGGUCCCGAAUGGGGCGAUGGGAAGCCAGUCGUUCUUUUCAAUGGGUGGAUAGGCAUUGGCAAAAGCAAGAAUGAGAAUGGAAGACAUGGAGCAGAGCUUCAUUUGAGAGUGAAACUUGAUCCUGAUCCAAGAUAUGUUUUUCAGUUUGAAGAUGUUACGAGGUUAAGCCCGCAAAUCGUCCAGCUUCUAGGCUCGAUCAAACAGCCGAUCUUCAGCUGCAAAUUUAGUCGAGACAGGGUAUCCCAGGUGGAUUCAUUGAGCAACUAUUGGCCAGGGUCAGGUUCUGGUGAUGGCUCAGAUUGGUUAGGUUCUGGUGAUGGCUCGGACCUGAAGGUCGAGCGGAGAGAAAGAAAAGGCUGGAAGGUGAAGAUACAUGAUCUUUCUGGCUCGGCUGUUGCAGCAGCCUUCAUAACUACUCCCUUUGUGCCAUCAGCAGGUUGCGAUUGGGUUGCCAGGUCAAACCCCGGGUCUUGGCUGAUUGUUCGUCCUGAUGUUUGCAUACCUGAAAGUUGGCAGCCAUGGGGAAAGCUCGAGGCAUGGCGCGAGCGAGGAAUUAGAGACACUGUCUGCUGUCGCUUUCACCUUCUCUCCGAAGCUCAAGAGGGAGGGGAACUUCUCAUGUCUGAGAUCCAUAUCAAUGCUGAGAGAGGUGGGGAGUUCUUCAUAGACACCGACAAACAGUUACGAGCAGCAACAGUUCCAAUACCGAGCCCGCAGAGCAGCGGAGACUUUGCAGCUUUAGGCCAAGUGGUCGGAGGUUUCGUCAUGAGUUGUAGAGUACAAGGGGAAGGAAAGAGCAGUAAGCCAAUGGUGCAACUCGCCAUGCGACAUGUGACAUGUACAGAGGAUGCUGCCAUUUUCAUGGCACUAGCUGCAGCAGUUGGUCUCAGCAUCGAGGCGUGUAGGCCAUUCCGAAGGAAGAUUAGGAGAGCGUCUCGGCAUUCUUAAAGGAAAAUGAAGUGUUUGUAAGGUAUAAUUGAUGUGUAGACAGAUCUGUAUGAAAUUAUCUGUGAAGGCUAUAAAAUUUAGCAUUUUGUACAGUA